UGGAGUAGGACUUUUUCCUUCUAUAAUAUCCAUCAAGUAAUUUAUUGAGAUGAACCUACACAUAUUGGAGAUCAAUAAUGUGAUGAAGGAAGUUGACUUGUUCUAAAUAAAUUAGGAUGAGUACAAAAAGGCAUCUUUGACAAAAGAUAAAACAAUAGGACCCAUCUUCCCAUUUUUUGGAAGUAUUGAUAGAUAUUUUGGACUCAAAGUUGAAUGGGAUCAAUUGGGAACCAUCCCACAUGGACUUAGUACCUGCAAAACAAAGAAGAAGAGGUGAGAUGACUACAUGGGGCGGACUCUUGGCUCAUAUACACAAAACACUCCAAGAGAAAACAAAAGGGGGAGGUCCACCCCAUAUUUGAUUGCAAACCAAAUAUCUCUCAUGCUCUUUUGUGAGCCACAUGCUCUCUUAGCAUGUUUAAGGCAUCCUUUACACUCCCCCCUACACCCCAUUCGAACUCCCCAAUAUAAGAGAGAAGGAGAGAGCCACAUAACCAAGAUAAGCCAAAGAGAGAGCAAGCUGUCCGCAGGUUCGUUCUUCAGUGCGUAGCUCUGAUUGUUUGAGCCAUAACUUGAGAUUCACUCGUCCAAUUUAGUCGUAUAAGAUACCAAAAGAAAGCUCUCAAGACGAGGAAUCCGUGGAGGUCUGGUUUGCAUCAAUCGGAGUAGUGGAAGGCUUCCAAAUCGUCCGAGCAAAACGAAACCUCGCAGGAACGGAUUAAAUCUUCUAAAGAAACGAGUUAGCCGGAAAACACCCAUUCUAGGGGCUGUUUUCGUAUCAACGAUUAGGGGUUGAACUAGCACUUCGAGGGGGCUGUUUAACACUCAUUCCUAAGCAAGGAAUCAGUUCUCAAGCUUCCUUGGCCGAGGCUUUGGUCAUUGGAUCGAUAAGGAAGGUUUUAAAGCUCAAUUGAGGUUGAGGCUAGAGCUUGCUUCCUGUGCUCGUUGCCCGAGUGAUUUCCCCCGGAGAGAAGACUUGAAAUGGACCGUGGUGGCAGGAUUACUAGGAGAAACCCGACCGGCCGUGUACCAGUGGAGACUGGACAGGGCAGUCGAAGGACCUCUAGGGCAUCUAGAGGAGCUGGCCGUGGAGGCCGAUCACAGACCGUAAGUGACGGCCAUGUUGACACAGAAAGUGAAACCUACUGGUCCUACGAGGACUCGACUUACCAACCGGAAACCGAGCCGGUUGAGACCCCUUACGAAGGGGAUGACGAUGAUGUAAGUGAUGAAGAGGGGGAGAAUGACUCCCUAGCAAGAAUUGAGGCGCUGCUCCAACAAUAUCAACGGGAGCGCGAGGAAAGGAGGCAAUGCCGAAGACGCCGAGCGGGGCAACCUUCGGGCAUGGCUUCGAGAGGAGGAAGUCAUGGUGCAUCUAGAGUCCAUGUGGAACCACAUGGAGGCCAAAAUGAUGGAGGUCCAACCAUAAGGAUCUCCAAAUUUAUCAAAGAAGCAAGAGAUUUGGGGUGCAAACCCUUUGAUGGAGCAGGGGACAUUUCAGUUGCAGCACAAUGGAUCAAGAGGCUAAAUGAAGCAGCCCUUGACAUGCAAAUCGCGCCGAAUCUCAAACUGAGAAUUGCGGUAAGAUUGCUCGAGGGGAUGGCAUCCAAGUGGUGGGAUGGAACCAAGAGCAAGUACGGUGAGACCGUCGUUUGGGAGGACUUCCAACGGGAGUUCUUUGCCCAAUAUUAUUCUGAUUUUGAAGUGAACAAGAAGGUGAGGGAAUACACCCUCCUAACCCAGGGGGGUAACAUGACAGUGAAGGAACUUGAGUACAAGUUCCGAGAUCUCGCCGACUACAUACCGGAGUAUGCUUGUGACGAGAACCGAAUGGCAAACCACUUUUGGGAUGCUCUUGACUUGGAGAUACGUGAUAGGGCAACACAAUUGCCUAAUAUGACCUUCGCCCAAGUGGUUGACCAAGCGUUGAAGGGGGAGAAACAGUGGGAGGAGAGGAAGAAGAGAGACGCCGAGGAGGUGAAAAAGAGAAAAUGGGAGAGUCAUGGCUCCCAAGGUUCCAACAAAAAGGGGAACCAUGGAGGAGGAUCUUUCCGGGCACCGCCGCCACCGUCUAGGGGGAAUCAAGGCCCGAGUGGGCAAGGCUCGAGGUCACAAACCUCGGUGGUAACUCGUUGCAACAAUUGCAAGAGGAACCACUCCGGUAAAUGUCGCGACCCCCCUAGAUGUUUUCAAUGUGGGGAUGCCGGGCAUUUGAAGGCGCAUUGCCUACAAUUGGGUGGGACAAGGACAUCGGGACCGAGCAGUGGCUCGACGGGUACACGGAAUCAAACCGGAGCUUCUCAAGCGAGCCGGGGACAUGGGGGAGCGAGUACGAGCAACGCGCCAUCCGUGAAUCAAGGAAGAACUCAAGCUAGAGUUUAUGCGAUGACGGAGGCGGAUGCUCGAUCUAACCCGGACUCGGUUGCAGGUAUUGCCUCUUGCACAAUUGUAUUUUGCCCAUAUUUAAUCCAUAAAUUGAUGACAUAAGUCAUAGGGAUUGAGUGCGAGCCAUUACGGGGUCAAACGGCGAAAUUCGGGCCAAAACUGACCAAAAACAGGGACGCACGAUCGUGCGUCCAACCCCACGCACGAUCGUGCGUAGGGGACAGUGGUUCCAG